AUGCACCUGGGCGUGCUGCGCCGCCUGCCGCUGGCGGUGCUGGCGGCGCUGUGCAGGCGGCUGGGCGCGCUGUGCUGGAGCCUGGCGUCCCUCUCCCUCUCCCUGCCCCUCUCCCUGCCCCUGCCCGGCUGGCGGAGGGUCUCAGCCCCCAGCCCCGUUGCCCCGGCGGGCCCCCGGCGGGAGCGGGACUGGGACGACGCGGCCCCGACACCCACCAGCGUCAAUUACCACUUCACCCGGCAAUGCAACUACAAGUGCGGCUUCUGCUUCCACACGGCCAAGACCUCCUUCGUGCUGCCCCUGGAGGAGGCCAAGCGGGGGCUGGCGAUGCUCAAGGAGGCGGGAAUGGAGAAAAUAAAUUUCUCGGGAGGAGAACCAUUUCUUCAGGACAGAGGCGAAUUUGUAGGCAAACUGGUCCAGUUUUGCAAGCAGGAGUUGAAGCUGCCAAGCGUCAGCAUUGUCAGCAACGGCAGCCUGAUCAGGGAGCGGUGGUUCACGAAGUACGGUGAAUAUUUAGACAUUCUGGCAAUUUCAUGUGAUAGUUUUGAUGAGAAUGUCAACGUUUUAAUUGGCCGUGGUCAAGGAAAGAAGAACCACGUGGAAAAUCUCCAUAAACUGAGACAGUGGUGCCGAGAGUAUGCUGUUGCUUUCAAAAUUAAUUCAGUGAUCAACAGAUUUAAUGUUGAGGAAGAUAUGAAUGAGCAGAUCAAGGCACUCAACCCUGUGCGCUGGAAGGUGUUUCAGUGCCUGCUCAUCGAAGGGGAGAACAGUGGUGAGGAUGCCCUGAGAGAAGCAGAGAAGUUUGUUAUCAGCGAUGAAGAGUUUGAACAAUUCCUGGGUCGCCACAAAGAUGUCUCCUGUUUGGUACCAGAAUCUAAUCAGAAGAUGAGGGAUUCAUACCUCAUUCUGGAUGAAUACAUGCGUUUUCUAAACUGUAGAAAUGGACGGAAAGAGCCUUCCAGGUCCAUCCUAGAUGUUGGGGUAGAAGCAGCUAUAAAAUUCAGUGGAUUUGAUGAGAAGAUGUUCCUAAAAAGAGGAGGAAAGUAUGUGUGGAGUAAAGCAGACAUGAAACUGGACUGGUAA